AUGUCACCAAGCGUUACAACAUCAACAUCGACACAUUCUCCCAAUGAUAUUCACACGACUCUAAAUUACUAUCUUGACCCAGAACUUGGCGGUCAUUCCUUCUUCGAGGCAGGAACUGUAGGCUACUACCGUCGGAAGUUCGACGAGCGUCCGGUCCAGAUCCGUGAUAUCAGAGAGAAUGCUGAUGAAUUUAACAUCAGCAAACAAGGGUUCGAACUUGCCAAGUAUCCCAGCGCUGAGAGAGCUUAUGUGGAUGACGAACAGGUGAAGCGCAUAGUCUACCCAGAGGUUGAGGAGCUGUUGAAAACGAUCACUGGUGCAACCCGAGUCCACGUCUUCUCGCACAUCACCCGGCGCGACUCACGCGACAAGCUCGACGUCACUUUACAGGCAGAGACUUCGAUUCGAAGUGAUGCCAAAGUGACCCAAGUCACCCCAGCACGCUAUAUCCACAUCGACCAAUCCACCGAGGGCGCAUUGGAAGUCCUGACCGACAACAUGUCACCCUCUGAGGUAGAGACUCUCGUUAAGACCCGCUGGUCCAUCAUCAACGUCUGGCGACCUAUCAACGGAACGGUCAUCAAAGAUCCGCUCGCGGUCUGCGACUCCCGCACCAUCCGCGAUGAAGAGCUCAUCCCCGUCACGGUGAACUUGCCAGCCAAGGACACUGGGAUGAAGUACUCUACAAUUACUGCCGGAAGGAGGUUUGAAUUGUUCUAUGCGAAGUACAAUCCAGAGCACAAGUGGUAUUAUGCGAGUGGGAUGACGCCAGAGGAGGUUUUGCUGAUUAAGUGCUUUGAUUCCGUCAAGGACGGGAAGACGGCGAGACGUGUGCCACACUCGGCAUUUGUAGAUCCAGCGACGAAGGACCUGGACUUUGUGAGAGAGAGCGUGGAGGUUAGGUGUUUGGUAUUCUAUGAGGAUCAGCCGAAUAAGUGA